GCUCCGCCGGGCGGCGGCGUUUCUGGUCUAUGGCCCCCCUCGCGCCCUCCUAGACCAUGCACAGGAACUUCCGAGAGUGGCUCUUCUACGUCUGUCUCUGCUUCGGGGUCCUCUACGUCAAGCUCGGAGCUUUGUCAUCUGUGGUGGCUUUAGGAGCAAACAUCAUUUGCAACAAAAUCCCAGGGUUGGCCCCUCGGCAACGAGCAAUCUGCCAGAGCCGUCCUGAUGCCAUCAUAGUGAUCGGAGAAGGGGCUCAGAUGGGAAUCAAUGAAUGCCAGUACCAGUUCCGAUAUGGCAGGUGGAACUGCUCAGCACUGGGAGAGAAAACAGUCUUCGGACAAGAGCUUCGAGUAGGAAGCAGGGAAGCGGCUUUCACCUACGCCAUCACCGCUGCCGGGGUUGCGCACGCCGUGACUGCUGCCUGCAGCCAGGGGAACUUGAGCAACUGCGGCUGCGACCGAGAGAAACAAGGUUACUACAACCAAGAGGAAGGGUGGAAAUGGGGAGGCUGUUCCGCCGAUAUCCGAUACGGCAUCGAAUUCUCCAGGAGGUUUGUUGAUGCCCGAGAAAUCCGAAAGAGUGCUCGGAGACUGAUGAACUUACACAACAAUGAGGCUGGAAGAAAGGUACUUGAAGAGAGAAUGAAACUGGAAUGCAAAUGCCAUGGGGUUUCCGGUUCAUGUACAACUAAGACAUGUUGGACCACACUUCCAAAAUUCAGAGAGAUUGGACAUAUUUUGAAAGAAAAGUACAAUGCUGCCGUGCAGGUAGAAGUGGUCCGGGCAACCAGACUCCGGCAACCCACCUUUCUCAAGAUCAAGCAGAUCCGAAGUUACCAGAAGCCCAUGGAAACUGAUUUGGUCUAUAUCGAUAAGUCGCCCAAUUACUGCGAGGAAGAUGCCUCUACUGGGAGUGUAGGCACGCAGGGAAGGCUUUGCAACCGUACCUCCCCGAGUGCCGAUGGGUGUGACAUGAUGUGCUGCGGAAGGGGUUACAACACCCACCAGUACACCAAAGUUUGGCAGUGUAACUGCAAGUUCCACUGGUGCUGCUUUGUGAAAUGCAACACGUGUAGCGAGCGGACAGAGGUGUUCACCUGCAAAUAACAGCAGAGGUUCCCAGGGAGUAAAGGACACGACCACUACAUGUGACGGAAAGUCGAGUGGAACAAAACAACUUCAGCAUCAUUUUGCACAUUUAAUUUUCUUUGGGAGAGGGGAAAAGCCCCAUCUCCGCCCACUUCCUUAAUAGCUCCUGCUUCUAAGAGCAACACGUCUCUUGCUGGCUAGCUGCUUUGACUGCAUUGGGAAGUGGGGCCUCGGAGUGUGCUACAGCGACUUGGUCCAACGCAAGCAACUUUCUUCCCCAAUUGCAGGCCGAGUGUUGUAGAAUUUUGCUCUUAGAUUAAUUUAUACUUAUUGAAGACACUGACUCCAGGAUGCUGUUUUCAGAUUUAUAACAUUUUUUUUUUUAAAAAAGGAGCGAAACAAGACUUUUUAUGGACAAACUAGAAUCAAAGCAGUGUUGCUAAAAACUCUUAUUUCUGAUUUUUU